GCGACCCCGACUAGGCUGACUCUGACAAUCAACAACCACUUCUACUCGAUCGUUUCGUGUCCUUCGAGUGUCGGUCGUCCGUGAAAUUGUUGAUCGGUGCGGUGUGUUGGUUAUCAUAUUGUGCUGUAAGAAAAAGAAGACAGCGUAAGAGUGUCUGUCAGGAUGCUGCUGUCCGCAGUGUUAGUUGACCCUCUGAACGUUACGGCUGUGGUCGUGAUCGUGUUGGUACUACUGCUCAUCGACUAUCGACCGUCAUGGUGGUUCAACUGCAAAGCAGCUGUUCAAGGGUUGAAAAGCACAUCACAUUUGAGGAAGAAGAAGGAGAAGAAGAUUCCAGGUCCUCCUGCACUGCCUGUUAUAGGCACUCGAUGGCUGUAUACUAUUGGCUACUACAAAAUAAACAAGAUACACGAGGUCUACCAAGAUUUACACAGAAAGUUUGGAGCUGUGGUGAAAGAAGAGGCUCUGUGGAAUUUCCCAGUCAUCAGCCUGUUUGCUGCUGAAGACAUAGAGAAGGUUCUGAGGUACCCUAGCCGAUAUCCUGUCAGGCCACCGACCGAAGUAAUAGCAUACUAUCGCACUACCAAGCCUGACAAGUACACCAACCUAGGACUUGUUAAUGAGCAGGGUGAGACCUGGCACAACCUAAGAACAUCACUGACACCUGCCCUGACUAGUGCAGCAACCAUGCAAAGGUUCCUGCCUGAGUUGAACCAAGUGGCAGACGACUUCAACACUUUACUCUUAUCCUCACGGGACCCACAGGGUGUGGUGCACUCUUUUGAGGAACUGGCCAACCGCAUGGGCCUGGAGAGCACAUGCACGUUGAUCCUCGGGCGCAGAAUGGGUUUCUUGGACCAACAACAGGACCCGACGGCCGCUCGCCUUGCCCAGGCGAUUCAAGUUCAGUUCUGCGCCUCGAGGGACGCUUUCUACGGCCUCCCUUUCUGGAAACUGUUUCCCACAGCCGCCUACAAGCAACUGAUCCAAAGCGAAGAUGUGAUUUAUGAAGUGAUAUCGGAUUUGGUGGACUCUGCACUGAAAGAAGAGCUAGAAAUGUGUGACAUGGAUGGAGUAAAGAGUGUGUUCAUGUCCAUCCUGCAGUCACCCAACUUGGACAUCCGGGACAAGAAGGCGGGGAUAAUUGACUUUGUCGCUGCUGGCAUCAAGACGCUAGGUAAUACCUUGGUGUUCCUGUUGUACCUGGUUGCGAAGAAUCCUCGAGUACAGAAGCGACUGUAUGAGGAAAUUGUGGAGUUGGCGCCGUUGGGAACUGCUGUGACUUCACAAGUCCUCAGAGACGCCAACUACCUACGCGCUUGCAUCAUGGAGGCUCACAGAGUUCUUCCGACUGCUCCUUGUGUUGCAAGAAUAUUAGAAACUGACAUGGAGCUAAGUGGUCAUCAUCUGAAACCUGGGUCAGUGGUGUUAUGCCAAAACUGGAUAGCAAGUCAGCAAGAGCAGAACUUCAAGAACCCCAAUGAGUUCCUUCCAGAGCGGUGGCUCACGGACCCGUGCCCUUGUAAAACAUCACAAUCAAAUUCAUCCGUCACACCUCAGACAUCACAUGUGACACUAGAUUGCAUCUGUGAUCUCCAGGAAGCUAGGUCCAAGUCCUUCUUGGUCGCUCCGUUUGGUGUCGGGAAACGGAUGUGUCCGGGGAAACGAUUCGUACAGCUGGAACUGCAAGUAGUGUUAGCUCAGACGGUUCGACAGUUUGAAAUAUCUUACAACGGAGAGCUUGAUCUUCAGUUUGAAUUCCUGUUAGUGCCAGCUUCAAACACAGACUUCAUUCUCCGAGACCGCAACAGAGAGGAAGACUGAGAUAAUGACUGCGAAGUAGACCUGAGCGGAGAUGAACUAAAUUGUGACUGUUUCUCCUCUCAUUCUUAACUAUUAAAAGUUUUGAAUUUGUUACUAACUUAUGAGACUUAUAAUAAUAAUUACUGAGUUUCACUAAUUUUGAGUUUAAUGAUUGUUAAUAACAGUCAAUUAUACUACUACCACAUCAGUAUAUAGCAUAGAUAUAUUAUCCAUAUCUACUUUUUGUAUAAUUAUGUUGUGUUGUUUGUAAUAUAUAAUUAUUUAGUAAUAUAAAGAUACAGAAAACGUCAUCGAGAGGGUGUCAUCCACACUAUCACCCAUUCGAGCAGCUUCACUUGAUAAGUUAUUGUUACUCUACACAGACCACCACAAACAAAACCAAAAUAUAACAUUUGUUAUAAUAGAAUUAAUGUGAUAUAAGUACAACGUAUAGGAGAGGGAAGUAGGUUUUACUUGAACAAUAAUAGUUUACAGAAGUGCAAUCUACAAUACUGCACUUAUUUUGUUAAGGAUUUUGUAUGUUUUAUUUUGUAAAUAUAUUGGAAAAUGUUUUUUCAUUAAAUAAUAGGGAUAAUGUAUUUCCCCUAUUACAUUAUAUGUUGUUUAGACAGGAAAUCGUAUAUUUUGUUAAUAAACCAGUGAAACUCC